CCAUGGCAUAGCCGCCAUGAUGGCUUUCUGUAUUACACGCUUAACAUGGAAAGUUUCAAAGUUGUUUUAUUGUAUUUGUGACUGAGUGCGUGUAAAUAAAAACAAUGGGAACGUACUAAGGAACACGAAGAUUCGUUUAGUGUCCGUCUCGGACGGUCCGAGUAACAGAAAUCCUGUAUUCACAAGUUUUUAUGUUGGCCUUGUCGUGUGUUUUGUGCUGUCAACAAAUAUGUCGAAGCUUUCGUUUAGGGCGCGGGCCCUGGAUGCCAGCAAGCCCAUGCCUAUUUACAUGGCAGAGGAGCUCCCGGACCUUCCGGAUUUUUCAGCAAUUAAUCGAGCAGUUCCUCAAAUGCCAUCGGGAAUGCAAAAAGAGGAGGAAUGCGAGCAUCAUCUACAAAGGGCAAUAUGUGCUGGACUCAUCAUUCCUACUCCCGAAGUCACAGAUGUACCUCUCAAAGACUUCUACGACAGGGUUUAUCCUUCAAACUACAAGAUGCCUCGACAACUUAUUCACAUGCAACCUUUUACCAUGGAACAAGACAUCCCCGAUUACGACAUGGAUUCUGAUGAUGAACGCUGGCUACAAACACAGGCACCGAAGUUGGAUUUAAGUCCCGCUAAGUUUGAAGAAAUGAUGGACCGACUUGAAAAGAGUAGUGGGCAAACGGUCAUUUCUCUGAAUGAAGCCAAGGCUUUGCUGAAAGAGGAUGAUGAUCUGAUCAUUGCAGUAUUUGAUUAUUGGUUAAAUAAACGACUUAAGACGAAACAUCCUUUGAUUUUGUCAGUUCGUAAUGAACAUAGAGUGGGUACUGCUCCAAGUAAUCCUUACUUGGCUUUCCGACGGCGCACUGAAAAGAUGCAGACACGUAAGAAUAGGAAGAAUGAUGAGGUGUCAUAUGAAAAGAUGUUAAAACUUAGAAGGGAUCUGUACAGAGCUGUUACGUUGUUGGAAUUAGUCAAAAGAAGAGAAAAAAUCAAACGGGAGUAUGUGCAUUUAACAGUAGAAGUUUUUGAGAAGAGGUUCCAGGCACGUGACUUCAGUGGUUCUAUAGUUGCUGAGGCAGCAGCUUCUAAGCCUGCUACUCAGUCUCUGCGCCCUGCUUUUACACCUAUAUUUCACAAUCAUUACCCCAACCAGGGCUGGGCGGGUACAACGCAGGCCAUUCAAUCGAUACCCAAGAAUACAAUUAAAGAUGAGCUGGUACCUAGACGGGAGAAGCGGCAAUAUAAAAAACGUAAGCACAAAAGUAUGACAGGGCGCGGCCUGUCUGAUAGUCUCGCUUUAUCAUCGGAUGAAGAUGAGGCGGGACCGGCCCAAGAGUCUGUUUCUUCAGAACCAGGCGAAGAGGGUGAUUUAGAUGGGCAGUAUGCUUUCCGAAGAAACAAACUGUGUUCAUACCACAUGCCCCUUCCAACAUUGGGUAACUGGCCUUGGUGUUCGCAAGGGGAGAGUGGUUUAGGCGACAAAAGGUUUCGUUUUACCUUAACUUCGCUUAGGAACCCCAAACGAUGUAUUGGUUUUGCUCGACGGAGAGUGGGAAGAGGUGGAAGGAUUAUUUUAGACAGGGUAUCAACGGAGUACGAUGAUUUUUGGCGCGGGUUGGAUUUUACGAUAACAGAACCGGCGAAGAAAUUAUCUGCAGUAUCCAAAGAAGAGGAACAUUUGCGGGAUAGUGGUGUUGAUCUCGGAAAUGUUUCUUGGUCUCUAAAAUCUAGAAGUGAUUCUCAACGAACAGGGGACAGUGUUUUAUUAAAUUGCGGUAGUGAAUCGUUCACAAGUGAUUUUGUGGGGAGUAAUAGUUCUAGUUGUGGCUUAAGAUCAAAUUCCUUAUCGUCAAGUGUUAGUGGCGUUAAAGUGGAGUACAAAAUGGAACAUGUAGAAGAAGAUGGUGUAUCAAAUUUGGAAGAUGCAGGCGUCAUAGGCAGUCUGCAGGAGAAACAUGUGAAUCAGGAUGAUAGAGACAAUAUGGUGGAAACGUUGAGAUCAGUGAGGAGAAAUUGGUUACAUUUUAGACCAAAAACCCCUUCUCCGACUUGGGAACCACCAUGCUUUAUGUUACCUCCCGAUGAUCCUCCUUUCACCUCCACAUCGAUACCUCCCUUUUCUAUGGAAGUACAACCCUUGGACCCUUCAAGUUCAAGCCUCCUUCAAGACCAAUCGCCUUUCUUUACUGAUUUGUUUGAUUUGGAGAGGCGGUGGGUUGAUGCUGAUGUAGCAGACACUGAAGGGUCUUCUUCCCCGUACAAUCAAGAUUUUUACCUUGAUUAUGCAAUGGAAGAUAGCAACGUGGAUACUGUAGGUGUUUCAAAAUUUACGCUUAUUGAUGCUGGCGGGAUGCAAAUACCAGCUUUUGAAGACAAGCCACAUCGAAUACAGAAAAAACUUGGUACUGAAAAAAUCAUGGGAUCAGUGGGUACUCACCAGGCGCCAACAGAAGUUGGCAGUACAAAUGGAUUAAUCACUCAAGUUGAGUUUCCAACUGAAGCGCCUAGUUCCAACUGUUCCAGGACUAACAAAUUAACCAGUUACGCUUAUAGCAACCCAGCACGAGGUUCUUCUUACUCAGACACUGCUCCAAGUAUCUUAAGUUUACUCACGUCAGCACAAUCAGUUACGCUUAAUAGUCAUAGUGCCAACAGUUUACUAGACCUUCCCAUGGAUGUAGAUGAUUCAUCCAGUGAUCCGCUUACCGGCGUCAGCUCGACUGGCGUAAACCAUUCAUUAAGCCCCACUUCUAAAACUAACGGCGGAGCCACCGCUCCGGGCAACUCCACAAAACCGUCUCUAGUAAGAAACAACAAAAAUAAUAUUGUAAUGGAGGUGACGUGAUGCAAAUCGAGGGGGCGGAGCCCCGCACGGAAACGAGGUUAGUUUGUCAUGAUCCUAAUAUAUGCAGUCAUGCGGCCCGCUGGUGAUUUUGCAUAGACACAAGAUAAGAAUUGGUUAGAGUGGUAAUAGAUUUUGAUUGCGGAUUGUUUUGUUUCUCAGUUGAUAGUUAUUCCGACAACUAAAGAGAGUUAGGGAAAGCAUGCAAUAGGCAAAAAAACAACAUAGUAAUAUGUAAGUAGACUGAACAUUUCUCUGAAAACCAUUUUGCAAUUGCUUCUUUAAACGGAUGUUCUUUUUAACAAAAAAUACAAAAAAAAAAUUUUUUUUAACAAGCGAGUAUUUAUAAAUUGCGUUUUUGUGCCUCUAUUAAUGGGAUUUUAAAGUUAUCAUAUCCCCAAAUAUAAAUCAGUUUUUGAAAAACUAAGUAUUACUAUGCGCAUCAUCUACACUUUUGUAGUUUCAGUAACUGUGUUUUUAUCAUACUUUAAGUUAACUGGUUUUGUUUAAGUCCAUGACAGAAAAAUGUGGUUUUCGUAAAAUUGCUUACAUUUCCCGGAACAGUUUAUGGUAAUUUCUUUAUAUCAGCACUAUAUCAAUUCUGAAAAAUUAUAAUGACAAAAUUAGAAAAAAUUAAGUUUUACACAACUUCUUCAGUCUUCUUCAUUUUUCUUCUCCAAGAUCUAUGUAUGUGAGAUAAGUAAUUGUGAUUAUUAAAAUUGGAAAGUGCAUAUUGGCAGAUUGAGAUAUGUUAUAUUUCAAAAACUUCGUUUUAAAAGUUGGGCAGGAUAAUAAAGCAGUCUUUUUGUUGAGUACCUCGGCUUCUAUCGUACGAAAAAAAAGGAAGACUUGGUAAGGUUGAGUAAUUUAUUUCUGUAAACAUAUAUAUGUAUAUAUAUAUAUUUACAUAUAUAUAACUUUUUGUAACAUAGUAUACAUAUUUGUAAUUAUAUUGUAGUUAAUAUUGUACCGUAAAUUAAGAAAUUCGUAAAAGGCUGUUAUAAAAACUAAUUUCUAGUAACUUAUUAAUUUUUGUAAAUGAAAAAUGAAUAAAAUGUGACAUUUUUUACUAAUUUGGUUUUUCUCGAGACGUGUACUUAAAUCAAAGGUCCCUGGGUUUAACAACUUUGAUAGAUGUUGCACAAUCUGAAGAAAUCAUAAUUACAUUAUUGAUUUAGUCAUAGUUUCAUCUCAAUACAAUAAUACCUAUACCAACUCAGGAGUUCUUAUGAACUACUAUAUAUAUAUUUGUAAACAUCAAAUUUGUAAUAUUCCAUUUGAGUUGGAGUUUUAAGAAUGUUUUUUUUGUUAAAGUUUUUAAAAGCCAAGCAAUAGUAUUAAAAAAAAAUUAGAUACAGGUGCAAGGAUUCUACAAAUAUCUAUUGAAAUUAUCUUUUUUUUUAGAAAACCACCGGCAUAAAUUUACAUAAAAUAUAUGUUGCAAUAAUGCUUAAUAAUUUAUAAAUCUACAAUUAAAAACACUUGUUUAUACGUUCAUUCUGGAAGAAUCAGAGAUUUAGGACAUUUUUAUACCACUCACAUUGUAAAAUGGUUUUGCUGUUUUGGUAUGCCAUGUAUGCCAUAUCUAUUACUAUUACCAAAAAUGUGAAGUUUUAAGAAAAUUUUGGCUGUGUGUAUUAAGUCUUAUCAAGUAUGGGUUUAUGUGUCUUUUUGGAAGUCACCAAAACCUUUCUAGUUUCCAUGACACUGUUGAUACUGAACAACCGACUUGUGUGAGGUACCUUAUUUUAAUACUGUUAAUAUGCACAACAAGAUUCAGAUUCAGUUUAUAAUGGUCGCUGUGAAUAGGACUUCACAUAUUAGGGGAUCAAUAAUGCAACUUUUAAAAAAUUAUAAUGAACAAAUAAAAUAUAAAGAGUAACAACUUACCUACUGUUUUCCAGAAGAAACUUGUAUAACAAAGUGCAAUUAAUUUUUUGGUAACCCGGUUAUUUUAAAGUAAAUUUAUAAUCUGUUAUAAAUAAACAUAAUGUUAACAAAAAUUUUAAUUCUAAAAACCAAAGACGUUAUAUCCAAAAUGUCGUUGAACUGAACAAAUAUUUUUUUUACUGUAUUCAUUACUAACAGUUACCUCUUCUCUCGCGGUUUCAAUGUUUGUCAAAGUUGAAAAAUAAAGUGCCUUUGAUGAUUUGAAGGUAACAAUUCAACAGAUAUUGGUCAGUUUGUCCAAAAUGUACACGGGAUGAAAAAUCUAAUUCUUUUUGUAAAUACAUAUUUUUAAAACGCUUGUUGUAAAAUAUAUAUUUUCAGUAUUUUCUCAUCUUUUCCUUUGUUGUUGCUUUGUAGUACUUACAUGUUCCAAAAAUGAACUUGUCGAUUUCCAGACAAAUAAUUUUAUCGAAAUUUAUUUCAGAACAUUAACAUUUUUUUCGAAUUUUUAUUGAUGGGUCACAUGAAAACAGAUUCAUUUUUGGAUAUCUAUUAAAAGACCUGUUGGUAUGUUGAAAUUUUGGUCAAAUCUGACUCAAAUAUAUAAGAAUCAAUGGUGCAAAAAUAAAGAUCUAGAUUUGUAAGUCACAUUCCCUUUUUCUUGCAAAUCAAUCGUUUCUUUAAAAUAAAUAAUGAAUUUAACAGUGUAAAUCUCACAAAAAUAUAUUUGUAUAAUAAUUAAACAAAAGUGAAAUGUGAUUGAACUACUAAUUUUAGGUUCUUUAGUGUAAUUUAAGUGUUUAUACUGUUAAGUUCAUUAAUGCUAGGUUAUAUAAAUUGAGGAUAUUGCAAAUAAAAUUAAAUAUAAUUUAUUCACAGCUAAUGAGUAAACUAUUAAUAUAUCUGUGGUAAAGUAAUAACAGUUUAAUGAAUAACAUAUGACAAGUGCUUCUCAAUGUAACACCCAGUGAAUAUAGCAGAGUAGAUAUUUUUCAACGAAUAUUAGCACACUUCAAUAAAUUAGAAAGAUACUAUAAUUGACAGUUAUUUCAAUUCGCCAUUAUGUGGGUUUUAAUUUGUUUCUUGAUGUUAAGUUUCUCGCUUUUGGUUAAUUUUUGACUAAAAGUGCCCAUUUGUCAUUUGCAAUAUCCACAAUAUUACAAUAAACAAAAGUUACGCUUUGAAUUUGUGCUGUCGCUUCCAAUUGCUGAACCUAGUCUCAGUGAAGUGGUUUAUUUGAUAGCUACUAAUGUGUACAUGGAUGUUCCUCACAACUCCCUCAUGUGAGCUCAUACACUAGUGAAAAAAAAACUACUAGAUAAAAGAUUAAACACAACAUGCUCUAUACAUCUUCAAAAUCUGAAAAUCUUAUUGAAGUCAUUUUGAAUGUGCUAUGUUCGGCAAUUGCUAGAGAGAACAUUAGAUUGUGGUAAUUUAUCCAUUAUGCGAUAUUUCUCUAUACGGGUCUUGUAAAAAAAAUAAAAAAAGUGUAUGCAACACUAUUGUUGUGGUUUUUUCAUUAGAAAAUCUAAAUGUGAAUAACUUGUAAAUAUUUUAGAUAUGUGUAAGGAAAUUCAAGAAACCGACAAAAAAAGGAAAUAAAGAUGCUCGCGGGGCUAUUAGAAAGACCGCAAUUAAAUUGACUACUUUGUUUUAUUUAUAAAAUAUACACAGUUACUAUUAGGAGCCACAAUUGGAGUAGAUAAACCUGUAAACCUGGAUGUGUUUGCAAAUGGCAUACGUCUGCAUCCUUCAUUUAGUGGUCUCCAUAAAAGCCUCUGGGCCUGGCAUUCGUAAUGUUUAUACCUAAUCCCUCCCCGAGUUCAUAUUGAUCUGAAU